AUGCCGCUGGCACGUGCGUCUGCCGGCCCGGGUACAUGGCCUGGGCCGUGCGUCCAAGUGCCAGAGAGAUGGCAGUCACGCUAUAAGGAGGCGCUUGGCCACCUCCUGCUCCCAGAUGUUACGGCAUCUGUGCGGAGCAUCGGGGGUGACUCCAUCCUCCCGACUCAGGUGAUGACCACCCUGGCUCUGAGCUCGAAGUGGGAUCUGGCCAUCGCUUUCCUGAGCGAGAUUUUCAGGAGUCACAUGGAGAUCACUGUAUACCAUGCCUCCGCCGCGGUGAAAGCCUGCCACCAGGCCGGAAGUGUGCAGUUCUGGUUUGUUUUCCACGGAAUUGAGUUCUAUACGGCCAGGGUAGUCUCAUUAGCCGACCGAACCUUCAUGACUUUUGCUGCUGGCACAUUCCUGCUUCAAUUGGCCUUGCACGUAGACAAGAGGCAGCUCCUUCCAAAAGUGCUUUGCCAGCCCGGCCAGGAGGCCUUGGCUUCUUAUUGGGCAACCGGCCCUGGCAAGUGGACUGCGGGCUCUGGCUGCGCCGCAUCGCACCGAGAGAAGGACUUCUCCUACUUUACGCAAACCUGGGCCGCCGGUUUCACGGCGCUCAACGGAGAGCCUGCGUACGAGGACCCGGCGAUUCGGACUGCGGAUGGAGUGUUCGUCUGGGACGCAGAGUACUGUCUCGUCUCUGGAUUUUUGGACCUGCCAAACAAGACAGAGCUGCUAGAGAAUUAUUCCGCGGUCAUGAAGCUGCAGGAAUCAGCAUGCGAGGCCGAACCGCUGAAGUCUUUGACAACACAGACACCUGCAGCGGCCCUGCAGGGAGUAUUCAGUGAGGUUGACGAGAUGUUUGCCGUCGAGCACAAGAAGACCGCAGAGGAACGCGCUGCUCCGCUUCUUCAGCCCGGCAUCCUCGCGAGGGUGAAUGCCGCACACUGUUCUGCUGGCAGCUACAGCUGCAUGAUUCAUUUCUGCCUCAGCAACUUCUGCAGACUUGGCGAUGGUCGAGUUGGACAGGGCUGCCAGUGCCACAGCGACUUCACCUUGAAGCCCAUACCAUCCGGCUGA